CAAUAAUAGUUUCCCAUCACUCCAUUAUUGAGAUUUAUCAUUAAUGAUGAAGAAGUAUAUAACAAUUUAUACGUUGAAAACUGUACUUAUAUUUUUUUUUGUUUAACCACCGUUAGUUUUUUUACAUAUUGUCACACAAGUUAAAUCUUAUAAAGCUGAUUAGUAUAGUCGUCGCUCAAUACCAUAACUUGACCCAACCACCAAAUAUAAUAAAAGCGAGAGAGAUGAACGGCGAGGGAAAGGUGGUUUGUGUCACCGGAGCUGCCGGGUACAUAGCUUCUUGGAUUGUUAAGCUUUUGCUCCUCCGUCGCUACACCGUCAGGGCUACCGUUCGAAACCCAUUGGAUACAAAGAAAACAAAGCAUCUUCUUCAACUUGAUGGUGCAAGUGAAAGACUAAAACUGUUCAAAGCAGAUCUUAUGGAAGAAGGUUCUUUCGAUGAAGCUAUAGAAGGAUGCGACGGUGUAUUCCAUACUGCUUCUCCGGUUUUAUUCAACGUUACAGAUCCUCAGACUGAGCUGAUCGAUCCGGCCGUUAAUGGUACUUUGAACGUUUUGAAAACGUGCGCAAAAUCUUCUUCUGUGAAGAGGGUCAUCUUAACGUCGUCCACAGCUAGUACUGGUUCUCCUGACCCAAACGUCCUGGUGGACGAAACCGUCUUCAACGAUGCAAGUCUUUGCUACCAGAUGAAGGAAUGGUAUGCAUAUUCGAAAAUAUUAGCCGAGGAAACAGGGUGUCGGUUCGCUAAAGAAAAUGGGAUCGAUUUGGUUGUAAUGAAUCCAGGAAACGUGAUCGGACCGGUUAUGCAGCCAACUCUGAAUUACUCUAUAAAGGUGAUUGUGGAUCUGAUGAAUGGUAAAAUCCCUGUUUAUAGUUGUUACUACAGGUUCGUGGACGUGAGAGAUGUCUCUCUUGCUCAUAUCAAAGCGUUCGAGGUCCCUUCUGCUAGUGGCAGAUACAUCAUUGUUGAUCCAGAUGUAUCAAUGAAAGACAUUCAUAAGCUUUUGCAUGAAUUGUUUCCUGAAUUGUGUCGUGUUGAUAAGGAUGGAGAGAAUGAGCUGAGUGAUUUCGCAUACAAAGUGUGUGUCGAUAAAUUGAAGAGUUUGGGAAUUGAGUUCACUCCUAUUAAAGAAAGUCUCCAGGACACUAUUGUUAGCCUUAAGGAGAUGUCUCUUCUUAUAUGAUCCUUGAGAAGGAGUCCUUGUCUUUAUUUUUCUUGUGAUUUGAUAAUUUAACUCUUAUGGAGAAAUAAUAAAUAUGAUGUCAUAGCUUCUGCAAUGUAAUGAAAUUUUUAUUUAAGUUAAAUAAAAUUGUUAAUUUAAGA